AUGACCACCCAACAGCUGCUCGACCGCGCUUACGGCCUCGCCUCCAACAAUGUCCUCAGACGCGCCACCACGUCGCGCCUCAUCUACGCGCUGCAGCCGGCCGCCGUGAACUUCAGUCAGCAUCUCCCCUCCGAAGACAGUCCCCACGAGCGCAUCCCCGCACACGUAUCCGGCGUGAACGCCAUCACCAUCGACAAGUUCGAGGGUCGAUACCUGCUGUCCGGUGGUGCCGACUCAUCAAUCGCGAUAUGGGACCUCGAGGCGCAAACAUGCGCAACCUCGGCAGGAGAAACCUACCUGCCCUUAUCCGCGGUGAACAAGACAGCAGAAGAGCACAAACUAGGCAUAACACAGCUCUGCUUCUACCCCUUCGACUCGCUCGCCUUCCUCACCUCCUCGUACGACCACACAGUCAAGCUGUACUCCAGCGAAACGCUCGCCCCCUCCGCCUCCUUCGACCUCGACGCCGUCGUCUACAACAUCGCCCUCUCGCCCAUCGCCUCCCACCUGCUCGUCGCCUGCGCCACACAGUCCCCCAACGUCCGCCUCAUCGACCUACGCUCGGGCGCCAGCACACACAGUCUCGCCGGCCACACAGGCGCCAUCCUCUCCACAGCCUGGAGCCCCACGCGCGACCACCUCCUCGCAAGCGGCGCCUCAGACGGCAGCGUGCGCAUCUGGGACAUCCGCCGCAGCAUCAGCGAGCUCGGCACCCUCGACCUCGAAAACUCUAUCGGCGGUACACGCACAUCCUCCCGCACCGCACUAGCACACAAAGGCCCCGUGAAUGGCAUCACUUGGACCGACGACGCCGCACACAUUGUAACUUGUGGCCACGACCAGCGCAUCCGCGUCUGGAACGCGGAAUCCCGCGCAAACACCCUCGCUAACUUCGGCCCUGCGAUUAGAAACAACGGCCUCGCGCCUCGCAUCCCCGUCCUGCCCCCCGCUAGCUUCCUCCACCCGGGAGCAGAUAUCCUGUACUAUCCCAACGGCACCGAGAUCCUAGCCUACGAGCUCUUCGACGCAAAACUUCUGCGCCGUUUACGGCGUCCUGCACCUGCGCCUUCGCACGCUCAAUCUACCGGACUUGACAGGGCGAGGGAUCGCGUCACGGCGCUGGCGUGGCGCGCGCAUGACGUCGAAUUGUACUCUGCGCAUGCGGAUGGGAGUAUUGGCGCGUGGAAGCCGCGGACGGAAGAGGAUGCAAUGGCGGAUGCGGAGGAGGAGGGUGAGCGGGAGCAGAGGGAGGAGGGCCGGAAGAGGAAGAGGGGUGUGCUGGAUGAGAUUUACAGGGGGUUUACGGGGGGGAGGGUGACUUUUGGGGGGUUGUAA